AUGGCCAUCAAUACCAUAUCAACACCAUCAUCAACAACAAACACAAAACAGCUCAGAUUCCUCGUCAUCGGCGCCGGUUCUCGUGGCCACCGCUACGCCGAAGCCGUCACAGAAUCAACCUCAGCUCUCAUUCACGCUGUAGCCGAGCCACGGUCUUACAACCGACAAGAAUUCGGCGAAUGUUUCAUCUGGGGCAGCAACAAGCCAAGCGAUGGACAAGAAUUCACCGACUGGCGCGAUUGGCUGAAAUGGGAACAGGAACGUCGACAAGCCGUUGCUGAGGGACAAGAGAAUGUGCCAGUCGGGGUUGAUGGGGUCUUUGUCUGCGCCCUGGACGAGAUGCACGUUGAGAUCAUGUGCGCAAUCGCACCUUUAAAUCUACAUGUAUUAUGCGAAAAGCCCCUUGCGACAUCCUUGCAUGACUGUCUUGCUAUCUACCGCGCAUUCGUGCCUGAACACAAAAAAGAUACCGGACCCUCAAAAGUCUUCUCAAUCGGGCACGUUCUCCGCUACAGCCCACACAACAUGCGCCUACGCCAACUCCUCCUCGAAGAACGCGCAAUCGGCGAUGUCCUACGUACGCGGAAACUGGCGGCGCGAGACGGCCGCUGGCGUGGGCUCACUGCUCACUAA